AUGUCUUCAAACUCUACCAGAAACUCAACCCGCAGAGGAAGAGGAAAUGCUGGACCUUCUGUACAUAGUGUUGCUGCUGGUCAUGUUCAGCAGGCAAACAUCACCCCAAGAUCCCAAGCUGUCAACCAGGUGACAGAUUCUGAACUAGAAAACAGAAUUAUUGAUCUCUUGGUUGCCAUCCAAUCCAGAGUUGGCAAUGUCUAUGACAAUGACAACGCAAGUACUAUUGCAAUCCUUGAUGUCAUUAAUACUCAACAGCUCAGUGCUGUCUCUCAUGCGCCUGCAAGUGGUUCUGUACUGAUUCCUUUAACAGGGCAGAAUCCUUCUAACAAAAUGAAUGUGAUCGUUCUAAGAUUCAUCAAUGAAAGAAUGUGGAAGAGAAACUUCAUCUCUAAUGACCUGGUGCUAAUUGCUGAAAACGAGGCCAAGAAGAGAUGGAACACUAAUGAAAGAAGUGACCACUUUGACAAUGUUGAGGUCAUCAACUACUUGAGAGAUUAUAUUCUCUCUCAGCCAAUGACUGCUAGUGUUUGGUCUGGACUUGUAGUUGAAAAAAUAAAAAACAACUAUAAGUACAUUUACUGGAUAGUGAACAUGACUUCUGCCCAAGCAACAGCCAAAAACCGUAAAGCAUGCUCCAACAGUAGAUGCGUAGAGAUUCACUUGCACCAUCUUAGAGUUUAUAAUGACAAUUGGCAGAUCAUUGAUCGCAAGAUGGGGUACAAGCAGGGUAACCUGGAUGAGAAGGCCUAUGAGUGUUACAUUGAGAAAGAUGUGAUGUCAGAUAGAGAAUCUGACAGUAAGCUCAACAGACUCCUUGGCAUAAGUGAUAAGAUAAUGCAAACCAAUGAUGAGCUGCAGGUGACAACAACGUCAAAGUCACAGAUGAUCAGGUACCUGACAUCCAUUAAAGAUACAUCUGUGCCACAUCAUCUGUCUGCCAUGAUCCCUGAAUGGGCAAUCCAAAAUAAAUAA